AUGGCGAACGCCUUCCAAGAUGUCUUCGGUGAUAUGUUGUUGGUUCAACCAAAUGAAAAAAAUGAAACUAGUUUGCCAUCACCAUAUGACCUGCGUCGCAAGAUUAUCCUCAAACACAAGAAACUACCUGAAGGGGCUGAAGAAAAUUCGUUUUCAUUUCGCCAAGAAGAGGGAAAAGAUUUAGAUUUAAGAAAUACAAUUAAAAAUGGAAUACUACUUUUAGAAGAUCCAGUUGAUAAAGAAUGGAACCCCCAUGCAUUUGUGCUAACUGAAAAUAAAUUGUAUUACACUGAGAACUAUAGCACACCUAGUGAAGCCGAUAUAGAUAGUGACGGAGAGCCUGAAGGAGAUAAUACUAGUAUUCCUCAGGAUGAACUACAUUUUGGGGAAUGCUGGUUUCAUGGAAAACUAGCUGGAAAUAGACAAGAAGCUGAAGAUCUUCUAAGGGCACAUGCACAUCUUGGUGAUGGAACAUUUCUUGUAAGGGAAAGUGUCACAUUUGUUGGUGACUAUUGUCUAUCUUUCUGGAGGCAAGGCAAAGUUAAUCAUUGUCGCAUUAAACUGAAGCAGGAGAGAGGAAUCACAAAAUAUUAUCUUAUAGACACUGUGUGUUUUGAUAGUCUGUAUAGUUUAAUCACGCAUUACAGACAGCAUCCACUCCGAAGCCAGGAGUUUUUAAUUACGCUCAAGGAGCCUGUGCCACAACCAAACAAGCAUGAAGGUAAAGAUUGGUAUCAUCCACAUUGUUCAAGAGCGCAGGCUGAAGAGUUAUUACGAAAAGCAAACAUUGAUGGGGCAUUUCUUGUUCGACCUAGUGAGAAGGACCAGAACUCCUUCGCAAUAAGUUUUCGAACCGAGAAAGAAAUAAAGCACUGCCGCAUUAAGCUUGAAGGAAGGUUGUAUACCAUAGGGACUGUCAAGUUUGAGAGUCUUGUGGAGUUGGUUUCUUAUUAUGAGAAACAUCCAUUGUAUAAAAAAGUAAAACUAUGGUAUCCCAUCAGCGAAGAUAUUAUCAGAAGAAUUAUAACAGAACCUGAUGACAGCUCAGUGUAUGGAACCCCUGGUUAUAUGGACCCCACAUCAUUUACUUCAAAGGUGACUGUGAAGGCACUGUACGACUAUCGCGCGAGGCAGGAGGACGAGUUGUCUUUCUGUAAACACGCAAUUAUCACUAACGUUGACAAGCCCGACGAAGGCUGGUGGCGCGGAGACUACGGCGGCAAACGCCAUCACUGGUUCCCCGCGAACUACGUGCAGGAGAUCGAGGCGCAUAUGCCUGAUAUCCCAGGCUGUUUAGACAACGAAAACGCUGCCCUGGGUUCCCUGCAAAAAGGAGUCGUUGAUGUUUUAGGCGCCGUCGUGGAGCUUGUCGUCGGCGAGGAAAGCGGCUCGGCCCGUUGGCUGGUCCGGAUUCAAAGUCCCUCAAUGUGCGCGCCCUUCGAUAUGGCGGCGCCCACACGGGAGAUCGCGCUGGAAUGGCUAUCUGCUAUUAAGGAAGCAGCUCAUUGCGCCAGCGCCAGGUCCCUCCAACACAGGAAGAUGGAGCGCACGUGGAGGAUUGCCAAGGAAAUGUCCGAUCUCAUCGUCUACUGCCGGUCGGUUGCCUUCAACCCCGACAGACUGAAGAGCAAAGGGUUCAUUCACAACGAAAUGUCCUCAUUCCCGGAGACGAAGGCUGAGCGCCUCAUGUGCCAGCAAGAGACAUCACAGUCAUUCUUCCUCAAGUACCACACGGUGCAGUUGAGCCGCAUAUAUCCCAAGGGCCAGCGGAUCGAUUCGUCGAACUACAAUCCGAUGCCGUUCUGGAAUGCCGGCUCCCAGAUGGUCGCGCUCAACUACCAAACGCCAGACAAGCCGAUGCAGUUAAACAUGGGCAAGUUCAAACAGAACGGCGGCUGCGGUUUCGUCCUGAAGCCGGACUUCAUGUUCGAGGAGGGUUACAACCCUCAAGAUAAGAAGAGCGUGGAGAAGAGGGUGCGGCCGGUGACGGUCAUGCUCCGUGUGAUCGGUGCGAGGCACCUAUGCAAAUCAGGAAGGGGAACUGCCAGCCCUUUCGUCGAGGUCGAAAUAAUAGGUGCGGAUUACGACACAGGAGUGAAGCUGGUCACGAAGACAGUCACUGAUAACGGCAUCAAUCCUAUAUGGAACGACAUCUGCGAGUUCGAAGUGGCGAAUCCUGACCUAGCGCUGAUACGGUUCCUGGUCCAAGACGAGGAUAUAUUCGGCGACCCGAACUUCAUAGGCCAGGCCACAUACCCUCUUAAGUGCAUCCGCCCUGGAUAUCGCAGUGUCACACUCACCAACGGUUUUUCCGAAGAACUGGAACUCUCCUCUCUCCUUGUCCACGUAACGCUCAUA